UAAAAAAAACAAUCUUUUACAUUAGGGUGAGGUGAGUCUAUAAAUUGAUAUAUACCCAACAACAUUUGAUACAUAGUUGAGAUGAAGAGCCAGGAGCCUCGGUCUAGCUCUUCGUGCGCGGCGUGCAAGUUCUUGAAGAGGAGAUGCACCCCGAACUGCCAGUUCGCGCCCUACUUCCGGUCGGACGAGCCCAAAAAGUUCGCCAAGGUGCACAAGGUGUUCGGGGCGAGCAACGUGAGCAAGAUCCUGAACGAGGUCCCAGAGGAGCACCGGGAGGACGCGGUCAACUCGCUCGUGUUCGAGGCUGAGGUGCGCCUACAAGACCCGGUCUACGGGUGCAUUGGCGCCAUCGCAUCUCUGCAGCACAAGAUGGUCGAGCUGCAGCACGACCUCUUCCUCGCACGAAGCCGCCUCGCGUGCUUCCUCGACCACCCCACACUCCCCUUGGAUCAUUUUGCCCCAUUCCACUACCCUUGACUAGAUCUCUCUCAUCAAAUAUUUAUGUGUGAUCAUGAUGUUUAACUGAGAAAAUUUGAGUGAGCUAUCGUUUUCAUUGAUACGGACAUGUGAAAACAUCUAGCUAGCUACGAGGUAUUAAAUUUCAUCGAUUGUGUUUCAAUCAUGUUAGAUGCAAAGUGGCUUGUGUUUUGCUUCAUUUUUUUGUGUGGUUGGUUAAUUAGUUUAAUUUUACCAGGCGAUGAAGCGCGGUUGAUUAAUUGGUAAGACGCUUCCCCUCCAAUCAAUAGAUCGGGGUUCGAGCCAUCUAGUGUGUUCUAUGUGUUGUAACUCGAGAAUUAGUUUUUAUUUUUUUUCCAUGUGGAUAAUAAAGUUAGAUUUCUCUCUA